AUGGACGGCGACUUGUUCGACGUCUUCGACGAACAACCGCAGAAGGCGGGAGCUACCGAAGCGCCAGCGACGAAAUCGAUCACGAAGAGGGAGAAGAAGGACAAGUCAGAUAAGAGCAAGAAGCGAAAGGCUGAUGGUCAUAUGAAGAAUGGACAAUCUGGAAACGAGGAAGCCGAUGUGGACAUGGCUGACGGCGAGCCCACUUCACUUGAUGGCGAGACACAUGACGACGACUCAGAUGGAGCCCAGGACAACAAGCGACGCAAGAAGGAAGAUGAAGCGGAACCCGUUCUCACAGAUACUUUCGAGACAGCAGCAUCGAGAGAGGUAGCCGCUGCUGCAGGUUUUGCAGCCGCCCAAGGCAAUGAGUCGCUUGUUCUGUCGCACAAUAUCCAGCAUCAGGUCGCAUUGCCACCUGACCUCGAUUAUGAAUACGUGCCACUGUCAGAACACAAAGCACCAGAAGAGCCUGCUCGGGUUUACCCGUUUAAGCUCGAUCCCUUCCAGGCUCUGUCCGUUGCGUCUAUCGAACGAGAUGAGAGUGUACUGGUCUCCGCGCACACUAGUGCCGGCAAGACUGUUGUCGCAGAAUAUGCCAUUGCACAAUGUUUGAAGAGGAAUCAAAGGGUUAUUUACACAAGUCCCAUCAAGGCCUUGAGUAACCAGAAGUAUCGAGAUUUCCAAGCUGACUUUGGAGAUGUUGGCCUUAUGACAGGAGAUGUCACGAUCAACCCCACGGCCAGCUGUCUUGUGAUGACGACGGAAAUUCUGAGAUCGAUGUUGUAUCGAGGAUCCGAGAUCAUGCGAGAGGUCGCGUGGGUUGUAUUUGACGAAAUCCAUUAUCUGCGAGACAAGUCACGAGGUGUGGUCUGGGAAGAGACAAUUAUUUUGCUCCCUGACAAAGUCAGAUAUGUUUUCCUGUCAGCUACCAUCCCCAACGCUUUCCAGUUCGCGGAAUGGAUAGCGAAGAUACACCGACAGGCAUGUCACGUUGUUUACACAGACUUCAGACCGACACCUUUGCAAAACUACUUCUUCCCUGCAGGUGGAGAGGGCAUCUUCCUGAUUGUCGAUGAAAAGGGUGUCUUCAAGGAGAAAAACUUCAAUACAGCCAUGGCUCUGAUCGAGCAGAAGAAAGGGGCAGACCCAUCUGAUCCCAUGGCUCGUCAGAAGGGCAAGGGCAAGAACAAAAAGACCAAUAAGGGGGGCUCUUCCGACUCAGGUUCUGACAUCUAUAAGAUCAUCAAGAUGAUCAUGAAGAGGUCGUUUCACCCAGUCAUCGUCUUCAAUUUCAGCAAGAGAGAUUGUGAGAUGAUGGCGUUGAAGAUCUCUCAGAUGACUUUCAACAACGACUCCGAAAAACAGCUGGUGCGUGAGGUAUUCAGCAGCGCCAUCAAUCAGCUGUCCGAGGAGGAUCGUGACUUACCUCAAAUACAACAUAUUCUUCCUCUCUUGGAGCGAGGAAUUGGCGUGCAUCAUUCAGGAUUGUUGCCUAUCUUGAAGGAAACGAUUGAAAUUCUUUUCCAAGAGGGUCUGAUCAAGGUUCUAUUCGCAACUGAGACGUUCUCAAUCGGCUUGAACAUGCCUGCAAGAACUGUUGUGUUCACCCAAGUGACGAAGUGGGAUGGCGUACAACGUCGGCCCCUUACGACUGGCGAAUACAUUCAGAUGUCAGGACGAGCUGGACGUAGAGGUCUUGAUGACCGAGGUAUUGUUAUCAUGAUGGUUGAUGAUAAGCUUGAGCCAGAGACCGCCAAGUCCAUCGUUGCUGGUGCCCAGGACAAGCUGAACUCGGCUUUUUACCUGGGCUACAAUAUGGUGCUGAAUCUUCAGCGUAUCGAGACUAUAUCCCCCGAAUUCAUGCUAGAGCGCUGCUUUUACCAGUUCCAAAAUGCGGCCAGUGUUCCUGAAUUAGAGAAGGAGUUAAUUGCACUCCAACAAGAGCGCGAUAACAUGGUCAUCGCGGACGAGAGCACAGUCAAGGAGUACUAUGGACUUCGACAACAGCUGGAAAGCUACACAAAAGAUAUGGUGUCCGUGAUCCAGCACCCGAAUUACUGUCUCGAGUUUCUGCAGCCCGGUCGCUUGGUUCAUAUCAAAACGCCGACGGGCGAGGAUUAUGAUUGGGGCGUCAUUCUGAACUUCACACCGCGACGAUCCCCCAAGGCUGGUGAACCAGAAUACCCUCCACAGGAGCAAUAUUUUGUGGACGUCCUGCUAAGGCUUGAUGGGGACAGUGAUGAUGUCGUCCGGGUUCAUCCACCUGGAGUCAUGCCACAGGGCAUUCGUCCUUACCUCAAGAGCUCUUCUGAUCAUGGCAGAUAUCAGGUCGUGCCUUGUCUGCUAAAUUGCGUGGUAGCCUUCAGCCAGAUUCGCGUCUUCAUGAAAGGCGAUCUGAAGACAUCUCAGGAGAUGGCACAGUGUGGCAAGCAUUUGGAGGAGGUUCACAGGCGCUUCCCUGAUGGCAUCCCAAUUCUUGAUCCUAUUGAGAAUAUGGACAUUCGUGACGAUUCAUUCAAGCAGCUCAUGCGCAAAAUCGAGGUGCUCGAGUCUCGUCUGUUGUCAAACCCGUUGCACGGUUCACCGCUACUGCAAGAGCUUUGGGAACAAUACGCCACGAAGGUAAAGUUGAACGAAAAGAUCAAGGAGAAGAAGAAGGCGAUCGCAAAGGCCCACAGCAUUGCCCAGUUGGAUGAGCUGAAAUCUCGCAAGCGUGUGCUACGUCGCUUGGGCUUCAUCAACGAGGCAGAAGUUGUGCAAAUGAAAGCUCGUGUUGCUUGCGAGAUUUCUUCUACAGAAGGCCACGAGCUGCUUUUGUCGGAGUUGCUUUUCAACCGCUUCUUCAACGAGCUCACCCCUGAAUUGUGCGCGUCUGUUCUCAGCGUAUUCAUCUUCGACGAGAAGGUAGAAACACAAGAUUUAAAGGAGGAGCUAGCUAAGCCGUUUCGGGAGAUCCAGCAGCAAGCAAGAGUCAUUGCCAAGGUUAGUCAGGAGAGCAAGCUAGAUGUCAACGAGGAUGAGUAUGUGCAGAGCUUGAAAUGGCAACUUAUGGAGACGGUCUACCAAUGGGCCCAAGGCCGCCCAUUUGCUGAGAUUUGCAAAAUGACCAAUGCCUAUGAGGGAUCCCUAAUUCGACUCUUCCGACGACUGGAGGAACUGCUCCGUCAAAUGGCACAAGCUGGAAAAGUCAUGGGCAGCGAGGAGCUGACCAAGAAGUUCGAGACGAGUCUACAGAAGAUUAAGCGAGACAUUGUUGCCGCUCAGAGUCUGUAUCUGUAA